UGCGCGAACGGACAGAGGGGCAGUUCGCAGAGGGACAAAUUACCCAUCCGUGCUGUACGCUGAGGUGUGUGCGGUGCCCUCGCCGGGUCGCCUGCUACUUCGUCAUCGCUGUCUUCCAGAGCCAGCCUUUCAGGCCUGAACCCCAGGCCCGAAGCCGUGCCGCCAUGGACUUCUCCAAGUUCCUGGCCGACGACUUCGACGUGAAGGAGUGGAUCAAUGCGGCCUUCAAGGCUGGCCCCAAGGAGGCCGCGGCCGGGAAGGCGGACGGCCACGCGGCCACGCUGGUGAUGAAGCUGCAGCUGUUCAUCCAGGAGGUGAACCACGCCGUGGAGGAAACAAGUCACCAAGCCCUUCAGAACAUGCCCAGAGUGCUCCGUGACGUCGAGGCCCUUAAACAGGAGGCGUCUUUCCUGAAAGAACAAAUGAUUCUUGUCAAGGAGGACAUUAGGAAAUUUGAGCAGGACACAUCACAGUCCAUGCAGGUGUUGGUGGAAAUCGAUCAGGUCAAGUCCAGAAUGCAGCUGGCUGCCGAGUCUCUGCAGGAAGCAGACAAGUGGAGCACCCUGAGCGCCGACAUCGAGGAGACCUUCAAGACUCAGGACAUAGCUGUGAUUUCUGCCAAGCUCACGGGCAUGCAGAACAGCUUGGCGAUGCUUGUGGACACCCCAGACUACUCCGAAAAAUGUGUGCACUUGGAGGCGCUGAAGAACAGGCUGGAGGCCCUGGCCAGUCCCCAGAUCGUGGCCGCGUUCACCACGCAGUCUGUGGAUCAGUCCAAAGCGUUUGUGAAGGUUUUCACGGAAGUGGACCGGAUGCCCCAGCUCCUCGCGUACUACUACAAGUGUCACAAGGUGCAGCUCUUAACAGCCUGGCAGGAGCUGUGCCAGAGUGACCUCCCCCUGGACCGGCAGCUCACCGGACUCUAUGACGCCUUGCUUGGUGCCUGGCACUCACAAAUCCAGUGGGCCACGCAGGUUUUCAAGAACCCCCACGAGGUGGUGACGGUGCUGCUGAUCCAGACCCUGGGGGCCUUGGUGCCCUCCCUGCCCGUGUGCCUCAGCUCUGGCGUGGAGAGGGCCGGGCCCGAGCUGGAGCUCACCAAACUGCUGGAGUUCUACGACACCACGGCCCACUUUGCCAAGGCGCUGGAGAUGGCUCUGCUCCCCCACCCACAUGAGCACAACAUGGUGAAAGUCACCGAGCUGGUGCAGGCGGUGUAUGGUCCCUACAAACCCUACCAGCUGAAGUAUGGCGACAUGGAAGAAAACCACCUCCUCAUCCAGCUCAGCGCUGUGCCUCUGGAGCACGGGGAAGUCAUUGACUGUGUGCAGGAGCUGAGCCACUCGGUGAACAAGCUCUUCGGGCUGGCGUCCGCAGCUGUUGACAGAUGCGCCAGGUUCACCAAUGGCCUGGGGACGUGCGGCCUGCUGACAGCCUUGAAGUCCCUCUUUGCCAAGUACGUGUCUGAUUUCGCCAGUACGCUCCAGUCAAUACGAAAGAAGUGCAAGCUGGAUGACAUUCCUGCCAACUCGCUCUUUCAGGAAGACUGGACGGCUUUCCAGAACUCUGUUAGGAUAAUAGCCACCUGUGGAGAGCUCUUGCGGCAGUGUGGGGACUUUGAGCAGCAGCUAGCAAACAGGAUUCUGUCGACUGCUGGGAAGUAUCUCUCUGACUCCUACAGCCCUCGGAGCCUGGCCGGCUUUCAGGAGAGCAUCCUGGCGGACAAGAAGAGCUCUGCCAAGAACCCCUGGCAAGAAUAUAAUUACCUGCAGAAAGACAACCCUGCUGAAUACGCCAGCUUGAUGGAGAUACUUUAUACUCUCAAGGAAAAAGGGUCCAGCAAUCACAACCUGCUGGCCGCCCCUCGCACAGCCCUGACCCGGCUCAACCAGCAGGCGCACCAGCUGGCUUUCGAUUCCGUUUUCCUGCGCAUCAAACAGCAGCUGCUGCUCAUUCCCAAGAUGGACAGCUGGAACACAGCUGGCAUCGGAGAAACCCUCACGGACGACCUGCCCGCCUUCAGCCUCACGCCUCUCGAGUACAUCAGCAACAUCGGGCAGUACAUCAUGUCUCUGCCCCUGAACCUUGAGCCGUUCGUGACCCAGGAGGACUCUGCCUUGGAGCUGGCCCUGCACGCCGGAAAGCUUCCGUUUCCCCCCGAGCAAGGCGAUGACCUGCCCGAGCUGGACAACAUGGCCGACAACUGGCUGGGCUCCAUCGCCAGGGCCACCAUGGAGACCUACUGUGACGCCAUCCUGCAGAUCCCGGAGCUGACCCCGCACUCCACCAAGCAGCUGGCCACCGACAUGGACUACCUGAUCAACGUGAUGGACGCCCUGGGCCUGCAGCCCUCCCGCACCCUGCAGAACAUCGUGACGCUGCUGAAGAGCAAGCCCGAGGACUACAGGCAGGCCAGCAAGGGCCUGCCCCGCCGCCUCGCCGCCACUGUGGCCGCCAUGCGGGGCGUGACCUACUGAGGAAGCCACUCGGGCGCUGAUGCCGCCGACGCGUCUCCCAGGAACUGGGUAGAGUGUGUCGCAGGGAGACUUGGUCCCUGUAGAUCAUUGCACAAAGACUGUAAAGUAGAGGUAUACUAUUUAUUAGGCAGGACUUUUCAGCCCUCCCCCCCCAAGUGAUCUGACCUUAAGAAUGGGAUGAGUACAGUGAAGUGAAAGAUGUCCAUCCCCUUCCUCCUUGCGUGAACACUUGAGCACCUCCCGCAGCCCUCCUGUGGCUCCCACGGGGUGGGAGGUGGCAUUGAACGGGGGUGUGGGCGACCCCAAGACCUGGAGGUUGAGCAGUGGGGACCAAGGUCCCUGGGGGAAGAGGAAGAGGGGCCCAAGUCCGAGGGGGCCUCGCAGGCCAGGGUAAGGAUUACGGCUUUCACAUCCCCCUUUGUAAAAAAUUUAUAAGAUGAUGUGAAUUUCACCCAUUUUUGUUUUGUUAACAGCGUAAUGGAUGACAUAACUUGAAUGACUUAAAGGAAUAUGGAUUAA